AGCAGGAAGACCGAGGAAGACACUAAUACAGGUGCUUGCACUUCAACUUUGCAGCAUGCCAACCCAAGGAUAUUUCGAUCGGAUUCCUCCGUUCCCUUCAGAUCUUCCCGUGGUUUCACUGUCAAAGAUCUCUCUCGAAAGGUUGAAGAACAACACGACAGAAGAAGUAGAGAAGUUAUUGAAAGCGUGCCAGAAAUGGGGAUUCUUUCUGUUGGACUUGAAGGGGUCAGAUCAGGGGCAUACUCUGCUGCAGGAUGCGGAAGCAAUGUUUGAGUUGACUACACAGCUCUCUGCGCUGAGCCACGAGACUCUGAAAUCCUAUACCUACAAGCCUCCGGACUUUAUGAGGUAUAAAGGCAUAGGAAGCAUAAAGACAGACAAUGGCGACGUCGACUUUAUCCACGCCUACUCGCUCAGCCAAGACGAAGUGCUAGGGAAGUCCAGUCACUCACGUCUCCACCCUGAUGUGAUCAACACCAGCAAAGAGCAGCUCCGACGCUUUAUCGAACACGCUCAUUCAGUACUAGAUGAGGUCUUGGCCCAGCUGGACAGUUGUUUGGAAAUAGAGCCCCAAACACUCGAAGCAUUAGGUCCAUUGAACCAAGAAUCCGACAGCGGACUCCAGGUUCUCCCUGCUGGAUGUGAGAAUCUCAAAGAAAAUUGGCGCUACAUUAAGCCUGAACCCGGGUGUGCUGUGGUGAAUGUUGGCGACACCUUGGUGGAGUGGACGGGAGGUGUCCUGCGCAGUUCCCUACACCGGGUGGUGACAGCUCCAGGGGACCAGGCAAAGGUGCAGCGAGAAAGUGUGGCCUACUUGGUACGUGCUAAGCGAACUGCGUCUCUUCAGCGCCUGAAGGGUGGCAUUAUCCCUCCUUUGCUACCCGGGGAAGAGGAAGAAACCCGCACAGUGGAUGAGUGGAGCGAAUGGAGGUCUCGGCAAAUUGCCUUGGGACAGUUGAAGCCCGAGUCGCGAGGCGGAUGCAACGAGUAA